AUGGAGGACAAAAGAGUGGCCAUGUUAGUGGUGAUGAUGUUGGUGAUGGGGAACAUGUUAAUUGAGGCAGAGGCUGUUAUGUCUUUUAAAUUAUGUUACGGAGGUUGUCUUGUGGCGUGUGCUCUAAUAGCGCCUCCGAUUAAAAAACUUUUUUGUCCUUUUUUGUGUAUCAAGGAUUGUAAACGUCGACCUAUGCUUUCUUUUGAGGCAAAUCUAAAUGAAAUUGACCAAACUGGUUCUUACUGCGAACUCGGAUGUGCUACCGAUCGUUGUGUUUCAUCCUCCUCAAUUGAUGAUAAGGAUCAUGUGGAGAAAGUUUCAUUAUGCGUGGAUUCAUGCUCAGAAGAGUGCUCCCACAAGAACUAAAAUCGCUAUUGAUUUUAGUCUAUGAAAAUUAAUCUCUAAUUAGAAGAUAGUGUCGUAGUUUGUAUCGAUUAAAUAUUCUCCACUGAGAAUUUAUUUCCUGAGUUGAUAUGCUUUGUGUUACGAGCAAGCCAAUUGCAAAUAUAUAGGUAUCGAGGCAUCCAUCUGAAAUAAAGAGACUUUCAUUAAUAAAG